UGCAUUUCUUGUGAAACACUGCACAUGUAUCAUUUUUUAACUUUUUGCUUAUAAAAAGUUAAACAACGAUUUGCGCGAUGGGUGUGCACGACCUGUGGUCCAUUCUGGGGCCGGUUCGGGAGUCGGUGCCGUUGUACAGCCUCACCGGAAAGACCCUGGCCGUGGACCUUAGCCUGUGGGUCUGCGAGGCCCAGCACGUCCAAGCAAUGAUGGGGAAAGUCACCAAACCUCACCUCCGGAAUCUGUUUUUUAGAGUUUCCUCUCUUACACUGAUUGGGGUAAAGCUAGUUUUUGUCAUGGAGGGAGAGGCCCCCAAACUCAAAGCAGAGACCAUGAGCAAGAGGACAGACAUGAGAUUUGGGUGGUCCGACAAGUCAGCCCCUAAAAAACAAACUACAAAGACCACCAACAGGGGUCGCUUCAAUGCUGUGCUGAGAGAGUGUGCAGAGAUGCUGGACUGUCUGGGUGUCCCCUGGGUGACAGCGGCAGGGGAGGCCGAGGCCAUGUGUGCCUUUCUGGAUGCCCAGGGCCUGGUAGACGGCUGCAUCACCAACGAUGGGGACGCUUUUCUCUAUGGAGCGCAGACCGUCUACAGAAACUUCAACAUGAACACCAAGGAUCCACAGGUGGAUUGUUACAGGACUUCUAGGGUGGAGACAGAGCUGCAGCUAGCCAGGGAGACACUCGUGGGUCUGUCCAUCCUUCUGGGCUGUGAUUAUAUUCCUAAGGGUAUACCAGGAGUUGGGAAAGAGCAAGCUCUAAAACUCAUAAAGACAUUGAAAGGACAAACACUUUUACAAAGAUUCAGCCAGUGGAGGGAGGAGGGCGUGGUUGCGCCAGAGUGGGUCCUAAAGAAGGUCCCUCACUGCCAUUUGUGUCGCCAUCCUGGGUCAGCCAAGGCUCACGAGCGCAGUGGCUGUGUGUUGUGUGACAGCAAGCACUUCUGUGACCCUCAAGACUAUGACUACCAGUGUCCUUGUCACUGGCACUGCUGUGAACAGACACGACAGGCCUCUUCAACAGAUGCCAGCAUCAGGAAGAAAACACUGGCAAGUGAUAAAUUCCCUUUUACAGAGAUCAUAAAUGAAUUUCUGGUAGACAAAGACAAGCCUGUCCACAAUUUCAAAUGGAGGAAACCGAACAUGCUAUUAAUGCAGAACUUUGCGUACAAUAAGAUGGAGUGGCCUAAACACUAUACCAGUGAGAAGGUUCUGGUCCUGAUGACGUACACUGAGCUGAUGAACAGAAAACAUGGAAGAGCGACAUUGUCUCUGAUAAAACCUCUACGUAUAUGGAAGCCAAGAGUAAGGAAUGCAAUCGCCAGCUUUGAAAUCAUCUGGAGUAAGCCAGAUCACUAUGUGUUUUCUGAGGACCACCCUGAGGACAGCCAGGACGAGGUGAGGACGGUGGAGGAAGAGGCUCUGUUCCGCCUGGCCUACCCACAUGUGGUGGAGCUGUACCUCAGGGAGAAGGCUGAGAACAAGACCAAGAAGAAGAAACCAAAGGGUAAGAAAGACAAGCCUUCGGAUCACUGUGAUGUUUCUGACCUCCUGGGCAAGAUGUCUUUGCACAAUUCCACUGCUGACAACAACACCCAACAACCCUCUGCCAUGGCAGCAGCACUGACCAUUACAACAAGUAACAACUCAGUGUUGGUCCUGGAGGGUCCAGAGUCAAAGUCUCCAAAAAAGCAUCUGGAUCCUGGUAAAGACCAUCCCCGCUUAGAAGUACGUCUUGGACCUCAGAUACAGGAAGUGAUGUCACCUCCGUCUUUCACUUCCUCUGGGAAGAUUCCAGAAGCAGCGGCCUCCUCUCCAUCUGUUUCCGUGGUGAUAGAUGCUCUUCACCUGAGUGACAUCGACUGGGAGUCUCAGUCAUUCACGUCCUCCCCGCCCCCGCAGGCUGCUGGCGCUCGCACUGCCACUGACCCCAAGUCACUCCAAACCACAAAUGAUAGUGUCGAAGAAAGGAUCACAAAACUGGGCCCCUCUACUGAUCUCAGAGCAGCAGAGGCCGUACCAGGGCCAAGUUAUGCAGAGUGUUCGCUGAGGGACAGGGUCCUAAUGAGAAACACAUGCAAGUCUGUGAACAUGGCGGACAAUGAUGACGUCACCAUCAUACACGUAAACUCCCAGUCAGCAGCACCCCCUUAUUUAAUUGAUUCUAACAACAGUGGCCCCAAGCCAAUGGCACUGAUACCCAUUAAAAGCGGCAAUGAUUCCAAGCCAUCAGAACAGCCGCUGGUGUGUGGCAAGAAAGCCACACUUGUUGAUAAGGACCAGAGCAUUGCAUUGCUCCAUAAGCCUCAACCUGCUCAUCACAUCUCAAAACCUAUCUCAUUGAACGCAACACAAACAGGCCCAGUCACAGCAACACAAACACAAGGGGCUAAACAACAUGGUGCCGGUGAACCAAAGCCUCCACAGAAGUACAGAUUCGUAAAGAAGGCCAUCUCAUCUUCUUCCGCUCUGCCACAAAGGAGCCACUCUGAACCUAGCGACACACAGCCUGGUCGGGAUGACAGGCACAUGAAGUUACAUCAAGAAACCAAGAAGAGUGUGUGUGCCAGAGUGUGUUCAUCGAGUGAGGACAGUGACACAGAGAACCAGUGUCGGGGAGGAGGGCAGAGCAGGGCCAAAGUCAAACCCAAAAGCAGGCACAGGUGCCAAUACCUCACAGACUAUUCACUGAAACCCACCUCCAAACCCAGCACCUCUACAAAGGCAGCCUGGGACACAGUGACAGCCCAGCCCCUCAGGCCUAGAGCUGUGUCUGCCAGUAUGGGUGAACAACCAAUGCGAGGCAGCUCUGUGUCUACCAUAGGGAAGUGUCAGGAUGUUCAUCCAAUUAGAGUUGAUGAUGACAUUGUGUUCAUUCCAAGCCCCGUUUCCCCAGUGAUUAUGUCUGAUGGUGAUGACUCAGUGAUUUGCAGCAAGAGCCCACUGCCAUUGGCAGAGAGGGUGAAGCUGAAGUUCCUGAAAUGAGUGAUGUAAUAUAGCAGAGGUGUUAGGACAGAAAAAAAUAAAUACUAUUUCCUAAUAUUAUUAUUUAAUAGUAUUCUAUCAAAACUUUAUCUAGUUUGUUCAGUAAGUGUGUUUUUAACCUUUGAUAUUGGCCUUUCCUUUUUGUCUUCUAUGUACACAAUUGUAGUUUUCUGCUGCUAUAUCUUUAAUGGACUUACAGUAGGAGAUGGAGAAUUUACUCAUGCAGUUAGUGAGAGGGCAUUUUUAUUUUUAUAAAACCCUAUACUUUUAAAUGUUUUUCUGUAUUUAUUUUGAAUAUUCCACAGCUCUCAUGUAAUGAUUGGACUACUAAGGUACUGAUGCAAAUGCGCAAAAUGUAAAAGUUUGGACAACAAGGCUCUCCAAAAGGAAGAGACAAUCAUUGACCAAAUAAAGAUACAAUAACUUUUAGACCUUC